AUGGCCGCUUUGUUUGUCUUCUACGUUUUCUUUGCGGCAAUUACAUCCUCACUUUCAUCUUCAAAGGCCCAUCUUUCUCUAAGUGAAGGAUCAUCCCUCUCCGUUGAAAAAGCAGACGUCGACGUUUUAACCUCACCAAAUGGUAUUUUCUCAGCUGGUUUUCAUCGCAUCGGGGAAAACGCAUAUUGCUUUGCUAUAUGGUUCAACGAUUCAAACCGCACCCUAGUUUGGAUGGCAAAUCGAAAUCAACCAGUAAACGGAAAACGCUCAAAGUUGAGCCUACUUAAAACUGGUAAUCUCAUAUUAACGGACGCUGGUUCGAUCACCGUUUGGGCCACUGGCACCGUCUCACUGUCACGAACCCGGUUAUACCUCUACGACUCCGGUAACGCUGCUUUACUCACUCUUGAAGGCGUCGUUCUAUGGCAGAGCUUUGAUUCGCCGACGGACACGCUUCUUACGGAGCAACCACUCACCAGAAACUCAAAGCUUGUCUCAUCAAGAAGCCAAACAAACUUUUCCUCUGGCUUCUACAAGCUUUUCUUUGACAACGAUAAUGUUCUCCGAUUAAUCUACGAUAGUAUUUUGCUUUCAAGUGAGUAUUGGCCUUCACCUUUGCUUCUGAGCUGGGAUGCAGGAAGGUCAACAUACAAUAAUAGUAAAACAGCUGUGCUAGAUUCCUUGGGAAACUUCAGUUCAUCUGAUGAUUAUACGUUUAUGUCCGCGGACUACGGUGUGAAGAUGCAAAGAAUUUUGCGGAUCGACUAUGAUGGUAAUGUUAGAUUGUACAGUCGGAAAAAUCUUGAAGAUAAAUGGGUUGUAACAUGGCAAGCCUUUUCGGAUCCAUGCAAGAUUCAUGGCGUUUGUGGGGCUAAUAGCUUAUGUACUUACACUCAAGCUUCUGGUAGGAAGUGCUCUUGCCUUCCAGGGCAUAAAAUGAAAAAUCAUACAGAUUGGUUAUAUGGGUGUGAGCCAGAAUUCACUCUCUCUUGCGGGAAAAACAAGUCUAGAUUCCUCAAGCUCUCCAACACCGAGUUUUACGGGUAUGAUUAUGGUUACUUCCCCAACUACACCUUGAGUGCUUGUCAAGAUCUAUGCUUGCAACUGUGUAACUGUGUAGGAUUCCAAUUCUCAUUUUUACAAUUAAAGACUACAUCCAAUCUUAACUGUUACCCAAAGACAUUGUUGCUUAAUGGACAUCACGAGCCGAGCUUUCUCGGAGAUAUCUAUUUGAGGCUGCCCAAAACCUACCUCCUCUUUUCCGGCAAAAGUAGCCUUGAUAAAGAGUUUGGAUUGAAUUGCUCGGGCGAAGUGACUGUUACUUUGGACAGGACGUACACAAAAAGCCAUGUGAAUGAGUUGGUUAGAUUUAUGCUAUCGUUUGCAAGUGCAAUCGGAGCAUUAGAGUUCAUUUGUGUUCUUUUGAUAUGGUGUUUGAUUAGAACCCGACAGAACUCAAACUCAAUUAUGGGCGAUUACAAUUUUGCGUCGACCGGGAUCAGAAGAUUUAGCUUCACUGAGCUAAAAAGAGCCACGUUGAGUUUUUCUCAAGAGAUUGGAAGAGGCGCAGGAGGCGUUGUUUACAAAGGCGUCCUAUCCGAUUCUCGGGUAGCAGCGAUCAAACGACUCAAUGAAGCUUACCAAGGAGAAGCUGAAUUCCUAGCGGAAGUCAACACCAUUGGUAGGCUAAACCACAUGAACUUGAUUGAGAUGUGGGGAUAUUGUGCCGAAGGAAAGCAUAGGCUUUUGGUCUACGAGUACUUGGAACAUGGAUCGCUGAAACAAAACUUAUCUACUAAAGUAGUUAAUUGGAAUAAGAGGUUUGAAAUUGCUGUAGGGACAGCGAAAGGCCUUGCUUAUUUGCAUGAAGAGUGCUUGGAGUGGGUUCUUCACUGCGACGUAAAACCUCAAAACAUUCUCCUCGGCUCGGAUUAUGAGCCAAAGGUAGCAGAUUUCGGGUUGUCUAAGCUACUAAAUAGAGGAGAACUAAGCGAUGCAAGUUUCUCAAGGAUUAGAGGGACAAGAGGCUACAUGGCUCCAGAGUGGGUCACCAACCAAACCAUAACAUCGAAAGUGGACGUCUACAGCUACGGCAUUGUUUUGUUGGAGAUGUUGACUGGAAAGAGCCCAAGUUUACAUGAAGCUAAUGGCGCGGAGGACAACCAGAACGGAGGACUAAUUAAGUGGGUGAAGGAGAAGGUGAAUGGAAGUAACGAGAUGUUAUGGUGUGUGGAAGAGAUCAUGGACCCGUCUGUUGAAGGUGAUCAAUGUGAUAAGGAAAAACUGAGGAUUCUAUUGGAAGUGGCAUUGAAAUGCGUAGAGGAAGAUAAAGGCGCAAGACCUACAAUGAGACAAGUAGUUGAGAUGCUUCAAGAUGAUUAG